AUGGAUUUGCUGCGCCGGGAGCGACCCCGGCCAAACCCGAAGAGGCUCGCCUUUAGCAGCUUUCGGCGGAGGCACAGUGUCAGCAAGAGCUUCGAAGACGAGCCCUCGGCGCAAGAGCUGGUUCAAAAUCUCCAGGAUGCUUGGACCAGACGUCCUGCCGCCUGGGCUCGGCUUUUGACCCUGGAUCGCACAGAAUGCAGCUUCGACAAGUCUCUCGAAGCUGCAGGUCGAAGCACUUUGAGCUCGACGUGGCAGACGUGGCACGACUCCCGCAUCUCGAGCUCUUUGAGCACACGUAGCAGUUGUGGCAAGCUACAACUGUCUGACAGCCUGUCAACACGCCCCUCAUCGAAGCGGCUGCAUCUCCGACCGCUGAAUGAGCAGGUUGCCCCUGGGUGGUCCUUGCGAUAUUGCGAGCUGCUGGGAGUUGGCCCCCCAUGCAAUUUGCGAAGGCUGAGCAGACGAGAAGCCGUUAUCGAGAUGCCUCACGCGCCGGACAAGAUCCAAAGGGACUUGAACAAUUCGGUGUUUUUGGCUUCCAAUCCGCGCAGCCGCGAUCCGCGCCUGCAGCGCUUCGACUUCAUGAGCUGCCCUGAAAGUAGGCGGACGGUUCGACGUAAAGCGGUUCAAGCCGAUGUCAUGAGCUGCACGCGACGAUACAUCAACCUCGCCUUCCGGUAUAUGCAAUUGCGGUACAGCGAGCGGAUUGACUACCUCAAGAAACUUUUCGACAGCAAACUCAACAAGGGCGGGCAGAAUGCGCGAACAGAGCAGUACAGCAUCUCGAACGAGGAACUCAAGGGUCUGGCGAAUAAGCUGGGGCUGCCAGAGCAAGAGGUCAACAACUUGGAUAUCCAGUUCCGCCACUAUGAUUUCGAUGGCAGUGGAACUCUGGAUUUGGAGGAGGUCCGAAACAUCCUUGCCGACAUUGGCCUGACCCCGCAAAACAGGGAGGAGAAGCUCGAGGUCAAUGAGUGCAUCAUUGAGAUGACCCAGAAAAUAGGCUGCGAGGAGUUCACGUUCGAGCCUUUUCUGGAGCUGUUGAAGGAAGUGCGAGAGCGUGUCCGUCAGGUUCAGAACGAAAAAAGCUGGAGGCUCUUCCAUGAAGCAGACGUAAAAGGGAACGAUAGCUUGGAGAUCGCCGACGUCAUGACGCUCCUGGAGACUAAGCUGGGCCUCUUCUUGCGUUCGGCCGAGGAGAGCACUGAGGCCCUGAACGUCUUGACCCAAUGCGACUCGGAAGCGAAAGGCGCUCUGAACCUGGAGGAGUUCCAACUCUUCGUCCAGAAGGUCAGGGCCAAGCUGCUGACACUUCGCCGAAGAGAGGAGGUUUCCAUCGCAAAGAAGUUCCAACUGGAGCCGGAGAUUGUCAGUGAAUUCCGCUCGAGCCUUCCCUUUCUUUGGAAGGUCUUCGAGCGCUACUCCUUCGGAAAACCUGACCAAGGCCUGCGUAAAGAGGACUUGCUGCCCUUCAUGGUGGACAUCGGCACAGCACCACCGAACACGGAGGAGAUGCAGUGCCUUCCGCUGUUGGACAUCAUCAAGGAGUUCGCCGGGCAGCAUACCAAAUUUCCAGAUGUGCUGGAGCUCGUGCAAAAGGCUCGCGUGGCGAUAAGAGCCAGUCUAGAGGAGGACCUGACUGCCAGCUUCCGGCACUACGACCGAGACGGCAGUGGUGAACUAAGCUUCCAUGAGAUCUACGGCAUCCUGGAGGAGUUUGGAAUGCUGCCGCGGACGAAGGUUGAGCAGCACGAGAUUGGCAAUGUCAUCGAACAGCUGGACCGGGAUGGCUCCGGCAGCUUCGAGCUGAUGGAGUUUCAUGAUUUCUUCCAGAUGAUGAUGGAACAAGUUAGGCUGUCCGAGCGCAAGCAGGAGCAUGAGCUGAGUUCGAGUCUGGGCAUUUCGGACGAGAAGUUCGCCUUGCUUCGAAGGACCUGGAUGUCUUUGGGUCCGCGCAUGGAUGGCACAGUCCCUCAGAUGGGCCUGGCGCACUGCAUGUUUCAUCUACGGCAGCUCAUUGACUCGCCACUGACGGACGACGACUUGAGGAUAUACAUGAGGUCAGUCCAGACUGCUCCGGACACGCCUAUCGACUUCGUCACAUUCGUCCACAUAGUGAAGAACGUGCUGCUUGCCGCUUCUUACGAAGAAGAAUCAGAAGAUGCUCCUCGCAAGCAGUCAGCAACAACACCUGAGCAGGUAUACAAAAUGUACUCUGUGUGCUUCAAUCAGGAGUAG